AUGGCUCCAUUUUGUAAAUUCUCCUUGGACCUUAAACCGUCUGAAGGGCUUGGGUUUAUUGAAUUGGGCAGGUCUCUUUAUCAGAUAUCCUCGUUACUUCGCAAACAUGGUAUGCACAACGACAUUCGCUUUAUCUAUGCCAACGAAUCGAAAACUACAGUUCUUCAGCUGACCAAGCUAAACAUCAAUCUCGUGUUUGAUGCCUGCAGCCAUGUCUUGCUGCUUAUCGAAAUAAACCAGGUAGGCAGUUACGGCGUCGAGUACAAAUAUAAAGGCGAAUCCAUGUCCUCCUUCCACUUCAAACACAUCUACAACAAGAUAUUCGGUCCGACGUAUCCGGGUACCAAGGACGAAGCAUCAAAGAGCUACAGACUCUCGUAUCCAGGAAUUGCUUUUCUGUUCAAUAUCGAGGGCGUAGCUCUGAAUCAGGGCAGCGACGACCUGAUUAGGACCCUAAACAACAAUAAAGAUGAUAUCAAUUGCUACUCGAUCACUAUUUUCAAGGGAGAUAGCUGGCUCGAGGGUGCUCAGAAAAUAAGGGAUGUUAUUGAAGAUACUAAUAUGACUAGCAAAAUCCGUCAGUUAUCUGACCUAUUCCCAUCAGCUAAUGGUUCACAAAAGGCCAUGGGCUACGCUUCGAUUGAUUUGCAAGCGAGACCGUGCGUAUCAAUCCCUGAAUACUCCCAAAUUGCUCUUGUUGUUGGAGUUUCCACUAUGCAGGAGGUGACGUCCAAACUUGGGCCUCCAGACGACACCCUACUGAAAUACAGAGAGAUCACCAGUUACGGUUCUAAGAGUAUCAAGAUAUACAAAAUCCAUAAUUACUUCCGGUACGGAUUGGAUUUGAUUUAUGUGCUUGACGAAACCAAGAAUGGGUCAAGUAUUCUCGCAAAGAUCACUAUACAUUGCAAUAUCGAGAACUCGCUGGAAUUUUUGAAAUAUGAGAAACUUAAUUUCAAAAUCGAAUCCUUGACCUCAACGGAGACAGUAUACAGCCAUCAGUCAUUUGACGAAAUCCAAAAGCUCUUGCCCCGAGAAUUAAAGAAUAAGUUUGUUUUUUUGAACAGGAAAGAGUAUGAGAUCAACUCUUUCAGCAUAAACUCUGAUAACGCAUUUGAAGUUAUUGAUUACGAGGACAAUUUUGACAGCAGUACAUCCGUAGAGGACGAAAGUACGUCCAGCGCGAACGCAGAAGAAAACGAAGAGUACAAGAACUGGGGACUAACAAAGCUUUUUGGGUACGGCAGGUGCUUAUUCGAAAUUCUUAUUGACGGCAACAGGAUCAGUUCGGUCACAAUAGUUUAA